AUGGUGCUUCGACAGUGCAAGAAAACUAAGAAGCUCCUCCUAAAGAGGAACAAUAUCAUCGGUUCCGCCAAAUUGAUAAAGGAAUACGAUGAAAAUUUCGUGUUUGACCGUGAUUUUCCUCAACUCAAGUUUCGGCUUGAGACGUUAGAUAGCCUGUGGGAGAAGUUCAAUGAGGUGCAGGCAGAAAUUGAACUUGAGGAUGAGCUUUCGGAGGAACUUGCUGAAGAACGUGUUGAUUUUGAAACGCAAUACUUCGAAUUGAAAGGCUCAUUAGCCACCAAACUUGCGGUCUUUGAUGAAAGAGCUGAAAGGCGGCCCGGUUCACCUGGUGCUCCGCCUGCACAUGCUCCUUUUGUUCGCCUCCCUGAACUUAAAAUUCCGGAGUUCAGUGGAGAUUACGAUGAGUGGAUGAAUUUUCACGACCUUUUCACCACUCUCAUCCACACUAAUGGCCAACUUUCGGCAGUACAGAAAUUUCAAUACUUGAAAACUGUACUGAAAGGUGAUGCUUUGCGACUCGUGCAAUCUCUCGCAGUCUCCGCAGCAAACUAUGCGAUUGCGUGGGACUUGCUAAAAAAGCGGUUCGACAACAAAAACUUCCUCAUCAAGCAACAUUUUUCGGCAUUAAUGUCCACUCCAUCUGUGCGCAAAGAGUCUUCGUCUGCGCUGUGCAACCUUGCGGACGAGUUCGACAAACACGUGAGCGUGCUCAAUAAAUUAGAAGAUCCCAGAGAACAUUGGAACUCGUUCCUAGUUGAACUGCUCAGCAGCAAACUUGACCCGUUGACGCAAAAGGAGUGGGAGAAUCAGCUUCAGGAGAAUGUGCGGCCAGUGUAUGCUGACCUGGUUGCCUUCAUCCAAAAACGUUCUCGCAUUUUGCAGUCAAUUACGCUCUCCCAACCAUCGCCAUCUGCGAGUAAAUCCGAACCGAAGCAUGAGUCCAGACCCGCUCGGUCGAAAACUUCGUUGUACCACUCAGCCAACAGUGAUAGCACUCAAAAGUGCAGCUUGUGUAAGCAAUCGCACACGCUAUCGCAGUGCGAUGAAUUUAGGAAGCUAACGCCUCAAAAACGCUUCGAGUUGGCUAAACGGCAAGGACUUUGUCUGAAUUGCCUAAAAUCAUCUCACAUGAUGAAAAACUGCUCAGCUGGUUCGUGUAGGACAUGUAAUAAACGUCACCACACACUUUUGCAUUUGAACUCGCAGUCUGCCAGCAAUACAGAGUCCCACGAUAAAUCUGUGGCAGCACAGGUUGGCCAAUGUCAGCAAUCCUCACAAUCGGCCACGGUCGUCGAAUCGCCGUCGUCGGUGCCGUGCAUUGUCGAUCAAUGUCACGGGGUCCCUCGGGUUACGGGAUCGGCCUCGUCGCCGUCGGUUAGGCCAACCAAUCGUUCGUUAUCGUCCGUUUCGUCGCCGGUUCCCCCGGCUAUACCGUCAAGCUUAGCUCAUAGCUCCUCGCAAGUGACGAACUGCCAAACCGUCACACCCAGUCACUCUUCCGUAUCGAAAGCAUGUAUCUCGUCAGUGUUCAUGCUUACUGCCUACGUGAAAGUCCAACACGUGGAUGGCACUCAUAUUCUCGCUCGCGCCUUGCUGGAUUGUGCAUCCGAAGCCAAUUUCGUAACCCAAUCUCUCGCUCAACGGCUUUGCUCGAAACGCACACCAGCCAAUAUCGAUGUGUACGGCAUCAGUCAAACAGUCAAACAGGUGAAGCACAAAACGAUCAUUACUGUAUCGUCGCGCUAUGGUUCGUACACAAGUAGCAUGGAAUUUCUAAUUUUGCCCACAUUGACUAGAGACCUACCCACUGCAACUGUUGACAUUUCGAAAUGGGUCAUUCCUCGCCACCUUCCCCUUGCUGAUCCUAAAUUCAACAUUGCGCAUGAUAUCGACCUUAUCAUCGGUAUCAAAAACUUUUUCUCGAUUCUGGAGAACGAUCAAAUCUCCGUUGGAAAUGGCUUGCCAGUGCUUCGCAAAACAGUUUUCGGUUAUGUUGUCGCCGGUGAAGCAGAACAACCAUGGGCCCCCUCCGUCGUCUGCAACGUGUCAUCGAUCGACAACCUGGAGUCGAUGGUUCACAAGUUUUGGGAGGUGGAGAGUUUUGAGAAGGGAAAGGCGCUCUCGCUGGAGGAGCUAUACUGCGAGAAUCAUUUCCGAAAGACACACUAUAGAGCUUCUGACGGUCGGUACGUGGUUCGUUUGCCGAUUCGUGGGGAGAUGCUUGACUCGUUGGGAGAGUCGUUCAGAAUCGCCGAGCGGCGGUUUUCGGCAAUCGAGAGGAAGCUGUCGUCUGACCCACACCUACACGCAGAGUACUCGAAGUUCAUGGAUGAGUACCUAUUGUUGGGGCACAUGGAGGAAAUCAAGCCUGAUUUAUCUCCGUCUACCCCGCACUUCUAUCUUCCUCACCACGCCAUUCAGCGGCCCGACAGCACCACCACGAAGACACGCGUGGUAUUCGACGCUUCGUGUCGCGGCAGCAACAACAUUUCGCUGAACGAUCUCUGCUACAUUGGUCCCACCGUUCAACCGCCCCUCAUCGCUACACUCGUCAACUUUCGAAUUCCUCGUUUUGCGGUGAGUGCGGAUGCCGAGAAAAUGUACCGGCAAGUGUGGGUUCACCCGGAUGACUCUUUGCUGCAACUGAUCCUGUUUCGGGAGAAUCCAGCCGAGGAAUUGAAGACCUAUCGGCUGAAAACGGUGACAUACGGGACUGCCCCUGCACCGUAUCUCGCUACACGCGUUCUCAACCAGCUCGCCGAGGACGAAGCCGACAAGUACCCCCUCGCUGCCCCAAAGGUUGGAAAAUGUUUCUACGUUGAUGAUUAUUUCUCGGGAGACGACAACGAACAACGCUUGGUGGAAACGAACCAUCAGCUAAUCGAGCUGCUACGUUCAGGUGGAUUCAACAUGCGAAAAUGGAGUAGCAAUAGUCCCACUGUGCUCUCCCAAAUUCCGGAAUCGCUUCGGGACGCUCGAACAGAACUCGAUAUCAGCCAAUCGGACUCGGUGAAAGCUCUUGGACUUCUUUGGCACCCACAGUCAGAUGAAUUUAGCUUCAACGUUCCAGAUCUCACGUCUUCUGAGCCAAUCACAAAGCGUUUGGUUCUUUCUGAGAUGUCACGCCUUUUCGACCCGAUGGGAUUAGUCGGGGCAUCCAUCGUAGGUGCAAAAAUCUUUUUGCAAGCACUGUGGUUCGAAAACUUCAGCUGGGACGACGUUUUGCCGGAGCAAUAUCAAGAGUGGUGGAUCCAGUUCCGCAACGAGAUUGUAACGCUAUCUGCGCUUCGAAUUCCACGUCGCAUUCUCAUCGAAGACUAUCGAGCCGUAGAAUUUCACGUCUUUUCAGACGCUUCCGAACAUGCGUACGGCUGCUGCAUGUACGUCAAAUCUAUAAGCUCUACUGGGGAACAGCAAUGCAACCUGGUGAUAGCGAAAUCGCGUAUCAGUCCACUUCGUAAUUUGUCUAUUCCUCGUCUCGAAUUGUGUGCGGCAGUUCUCGGCGCUCAAUUGGCCGAUUUCGUAUUGGAUUCGACGAAGCUGGCUUUCCCGGUUACAUUUUGGACCGAUUCGUCGAUCGUUCUUCAUUGGAUAGCUUCGUCUUCUACGCCGUGGAAAGUAUUCGUUUCAAAUCGGAUUGCCGAAAUUCAUCGGCUGACAGGAGGAAGUAUGUGGCGGCACGUCCCGACUGAGCUAAACCCUGCGGACAAAAUCUCGAGGGAAGUCUCUCCGUCGCUCUUGAUGGAAGAUUCACUCUGGUGGCACGGUCCCCCCUACCUUCGGCAAAAUUCGGAUACUUGGCCGGAGAACUGCAUCAAACUAACACCACUACAUCAAGAAGCUCGGAAAACCGAAUCCAAACAGGUCGUUUCAGUCGUAGUCGCUCACCAUGAUACGAUUGAUCUCAUCGAACAGCAUUCAUCGCUCUCCCAUCUGCAACGCAAAGUCGCAUGGCUGCGGCGGUUUGCUAAUAACUGCCGCACUAAACCACCUGAAAGGCGCAAAUUUGGUCCGCUUUCGCAUAUGGAAAUGGAACACGCGCUGAUGGAGCUCGUCAGGCAAACGCAGCAGGUCUAUUUUUCGGCGGAAAUCGAAUUCCUCAAGAAGUACAAGGGGACGAUCCGCAAAGCUUUUUCGUUCAAAUCUCCUCUAAAAACCCUCUGCCCGUUCUUGGAUUCGAAUGGGUUGCUGCGAAUCACUGGUCGGCUGCAGCAUCUCAAUAUUUCGUAUGACACCAAACACCCAUUAGUAUUGCCUCAAAAGGCCCACCUGACAACGCUCAUCGUAAGAGCAACGCACAUCCGAAUGUUACAUGCUGGACCACAACUUCUCUUGUCGACGUUGCGCCAGCGCUACUGGCCAGUGCGAGGCCGCGAUCUUGCCAAAAAAGCUGUUCGGGAGUGCAUUACCUGCUUUCGCUGCCGUCCCAGAAAUGUCUGUCAAAUCAUGGGACCAUUACCUGCAGUGCGAGUUACGCCGUCGCGCGCGUUUACCCACUGUGGCGUCGAUUAUUGUGGGCCGUUUUCGGUUUCGAUUCCGAAUCGUCGCGGUCCGUCGGUCAAGAUACACGUUGCGAUUUUCGUAUGUAUGUCGUCGAAAGCGGUACACAUCGACAUGGUGUACAACCUCACGUCCGACGCGUUCGUGAACGCAUUAAAGCGCCUCGUCGGUCGUCGCGGUCGUGUCUCCGAUAUAUACUGCGACAACGCACGAACUUUCGUCGGAGCAAAUCGUAUGCUCGAAGAGAAUCGGAAGCAAUUCGACGCGAUGCACCGAUCGCGUGAACUGCACUCGUUUUGUGCGGAAGCUGGAAUCACCUUCCACUUUAAUCCAGCCCGUUCACCCCACUGCGGCGGCCUCUGGGAGGCUUCCGUCAAGACCUUCAAGUACCACCUCUACCGUGUCAUGAAGGAUACGGUACUCAACACGGAUGACUUCAACACCCUGAUCAUUCAGAUCGAGGGAAUAAUGAACUCUCGUCCACUAUGUCCGAUGUCGUCGGACCCCGGAGACGUCGUUGCCUUGACGCCAGGGCACUUGCUCGUGGGAGAACCACUUUGCUCUCUCCCCGAGCCCGAUUUAUGCAAUACUCCCAUUAAUCGUCUCAAUUCGUUCCAGAAAAUGCAACGAAGUCUCCAGCAUUUCUGGAAAGCUUGGUCGCGAGAUUACGUGGCUCAAUUACAGGACCGCAAGAAGUGGCCAACUGUCCAUCCGGACAUCGAGGUAGGAACGUUGGUGCUCCUCAAAGAUGAUAACGCACCUCCGAUGCGCUGGAACCUCGGUCGGAUCGAAGAGGUAUUCCCCGGUAAGGAUGGACACGUUCGUGUAGUUCAGGUUCGAACUGCACACGGGAGCUACCGACGAGCAAUCAUCGAAGUGUGUCCACUUCCCAUCGAGGAUCCCUCUCCCCAGCAGCCUACCACCCACUGA